GCGUUGAUUACUUUAGGGCGGAUAUAAACAAAAGAGCGUGUGAUUUUCGAUCAUUGAUAAUUAAUAAUCCCGUUUUCCCUUUGUCGUGCGCGGAAUCUCGUCAAUUUUCUAUCGACUUACUAGACAGUCCGUCAUGGACAGUCUAUUUCCAGUGCUGAUUAUCUCAAAAAUGUGUAUUUCGUGAUAGUUUUUUUUGAUUUUCCUAUUCGCCCGAAAGAGAUAUGCUAAAAACAAGUUCGUCAUCAAAAUUGCGGGUGCGAUCAGCACUAGUAACAGGCGUGGUCAGUUGGCUUAUCUUCGGUUGGAGCUUGGUGGAAGGGCAGAAGGGGUCGUUUUUUGGCUGCUACCAGCGGGAUCGGUCGGGUCGGCUGGAAAUUAUAACCGAUCAUUUGGACACCUGUGUGAGUCAUUGUGAGCUCCAUUUUUACAGAUACGCAGCACUUUCGGAUAAGCAAUGUCUUUGUCUAAAUGUGAUUCGAACCCAAGUGAUCGAGGACAAGGAAUGUAACGUUUCUUGCCUUCAACCUCCAGAAAAUAGCUGUGGUGGUCAAACCGCACAAAGUUUCUAUGAUACGGGCGUUGAAGUUGCCGGUCCUGUAAAGAAUUUGAGACUUCUGGAUAUAGAAACAGAUAGUAGUAUAAAAAUAGCGUGGGACCCACCCGUCGCUGAUGGAGUAGUCGUGGAAGAGUACGAGAUCAGUGCCAGUGCUAUUUCAACCCAUGCUAAUUACGGAUUGUAUCCAGUCACCUGGACGGCUCAAAAUAGUUCGCAAAGCUUUGAAUUAUCAAAUCUGACUCCAGGGACGCGCUAUAACAUUACCGUUACGUCAUUAUCUGAGAAAGGUCGCGGAGGAAUGCAAUCGUUCGUAGCCGAGACUGAAAUCGGCAUACCGGAUCCAGAGCCGGAGGAGCCAUUAAUACUGCGCCGAUUGGAUUCUACAAUUCAAAUCGAAAUCCAGAAAGCAGUUAACAAUUACGGUCCUGUGAACUACUAUCGGGUGGUGGUUCACUACGUGAAUGACGAUUUGGUACAGCAAUUUGAUGAAAACUUGCUGGAUACAUUCCAGAAGUCGAAGGAAAAGGGGGUGCCCUAUUACAUAGCAGCCGAGGUUGAAAUGAAAGGCGAAUCAUUGCUCUUCACGGUAGGGGACGGUCGACUCUAUCGUAACUAUUUUAAUCCGCCAAUACCUCCACGUGCACACGUUCACAUUUCGAUCGGCAUUGUAAGCAUUCUACAUGGAGUGAUCAAGCUUCGCUACGCCACUACAACGCACGAACAGCAUCAGCAUCCGGACCAUCACCACGUGAACUCCACUAAUGUCCCUGAGCGCAACGAGGCCCUCAUAACCGUGCUGACCGUAGCAUGUGUGCUUUUUGGAAUCGUUCUUCUAGCCAGUAUUAUCUUGUAUAUCUACCUUCGUUACAAAACCCCAACCAACGGUCGUCCUUUGUCCGAUCAUCAUGAAAUGGUUCUGCAGGGACCAAUUCUGGAGGUAGAGAAUAAUGGUUACCUUCCCGAUAUCUACGAACAGCGUGGGUUUGAGGCUGAAUUGCAUGAUAUUAUAGAUUCUCUACCCCAUCACAAAAAGCAUGGACGAAAGUAUCUUACAUUGGAGAUUAAUAACAUUAUUGGAUCGGGUAACUACGGUGAUGUGCUCAAGGGCAGCCUGCAACGAGAUGGUGUUGAUCUUGCAGCUCAAGUUCAUGUCAUUUCCGAUGAUAUGGACAAAAUAGAUCAAAUUGCAUUUUUGAACGAAUUCCGACGGUUUAUUAAAUUGGAGAGUCAUUCGAAUGUGCUACAGCUUUACGGUGUCUGUGUUACUCCGGAUUGGUGCUACGUACUAUUUGAAGACAUGCAAAUCACAUUAAAACAAACGCUGCUUAACGCACGGAUACCAAAUAACGUCAACAGUCCAAAGUUUUCCACAAUUUCCGAGGAAAUUUUAAUCAACCUACUGUGCCUUGUCUGUGACGGAAUGCAAUAUUUAGUUGAGAAUAAUAUUGUCAGCAAGAAGCUUUGCGCGCGAACCAUCUACGUGAACACAAAAUUCGAAGUUAAAGUAAGUGCCUUCGGAUCACCAUUGUAUGGAGAAAAUGAUCAGCAGAUCGAAAUAAUUCGUUGGAAUGCUCCAGAAGUAAUAAAAUUCCAGAACCACACAACCAAAAGUGACGUGUGGUCAUUUGGACUGCUCAUAUGGGAGUGUUGUUGUUUGGGGGCCACUCCGUUCGGGACAACUACUGUUGAGAAUCUCUUCGCCAGCAUACGCGCUGGUAAUCGGCCAGAAAAACCGCUCUUCAUAUUUGAUGAUCUGUAUCAGAUGUGCCUUAACUGUUGGGAUCUGGAUGCCAGUGAUCGGCCGGAGUUUGACGAUAUCAGCCGCUAUUUGCGCCAGACUUUGCCCAUGCUACGCUACAUGCUAUCGUUCGAACGUGAUCAAAGCGUGCAGCUUCCACCGUACUUACCACACUUGGAGCUGAAACGCUGACAAGGGACAAUGGAAAACUGAAAUGUGUCUGUUUAGAUAAGAUUAACCACGUGACAAUUACUUUUAAACAAUCCGUCCAUUUCUAUUCUACUUUUCGACUGCCUUUUUAGAGUUAAGAUUAGGGUAACCACAACAUAAUUUGUUGUAUUAUGGAAAAUAUGUGAGAGUAAAGCACCUAUGUCAAAUACAUACAACAAA